AUGGUGAGGGAAGCUUCGUCCGCUGCUGCUGCCCAAAAUGCGUCAGAGCGAAAGGAAGGUUCCCAAGGGAAUGGUGCUGCGGAUGGCUAUCACGGGUGUGACAACAGUGAGAAUGGUAGCGGAAGAGGAAAAGAGGGAGGAGGAGGUGGAGAAGGAGGAGGGGGAGGAGGAGGAGGGGGAGAGGGAGGUGGAGGGAACGGUGGUGGUGGCAGUGGGGUUGACAGGGGGAGUGGAAUGGGAAUGCAGGAGACACCAGUGGCCGAGUCAACGAAUCAGUCCUCUCUCCCUCGGCCAAUGAGCGUUCGAGUCUUCACAUUUGCUGAGCUGGCAGAGGCUACUAAUAAUUUUGAUCACGGGAACUAUCUAGGGGAGGGCGGGUUCGGCCGCAUCUACAGAGGGAGGCUGAAGGACGGGCAGGAGGUAGCAGUGAAGCGCCUCACCCGCCCACCCACCCCCUCAUCCCUUCCUCCCUCCUUUCUCCCUUUGCCCCCCAGUUUCGACCCCGCCAACUACCUGGGAGAGGGCGGGUUCGGUCGCGUGUACAGAGGGAGGCUGAAGAACGGGCAGGAUGUGGCUGUGAAGCGCCUCACCCGCCUGCGCAUGACCGGCAGCGGGAGCACCCCCUCAGCUCACCCCCUUUUCCCUUCUUCCUUUCCCCACCCCUGCUCCAGUUUCGACCACGGAAACUAUCUACGGGAGGGAGGGUUCGGGCGCGUUUUUGAUCACGCCAAUUACCUAGGGGAGGGAGGGUUCGGGCGAGUAUACCGGGGGAGGCUGAAGAACGGGCAGGAGGUGGCAGUGAAGCGGCUCACCCGCCUGCGCAUGACAGGCAGCGGGCGCGCCAAGGGGGGAGGCGGAGGGGGCGGGCAGGGCGAGCGCGAGUUUGUGGUGGAGGUGGAGAUGCUCAGCCGCCUGCACCACCGGAAUCUGGUCAAGCUGAUUGGCUACUGCGCCUCCCACCACCACCAGCUGCUGUGCUACGAGCUUGUUCCCAAUGGGAGCCUGGAGGCCUGGCUGCAUGGCUCCUUCUCCAAGGAGAUCGUGCUGGAUUGGGCAACGCGCAUGAGGGUAGCGCUAGGGGCAGCGAGGGGGCUGGCGUAUCUGCACGAGGACUCUCAGCCGCUUGUCAUUCACCGUGACCUCAAGUCCUCCAACAUCCUUCUCGAGAAUGACUUUCUCGCUAAGGUGGCGGAUUUCGGGCUGGCGAAACCUGCACCGGAGGGACCCGAGGGAUACAUCUCGACCCGAGUCAUGGGCACGUUUGGCUAUGUGGCCCCAGAAUACGCAAUGACGGGGCAUCUCGUGGUAGCCAGUGACGUGUACAGCUAUGGCGUGGUGCUUCUGGAGCUGCUCACAGGGAGGAAGCCCGUCGACAUGAGCCAACCCCCUGGAGAUGAGAACUUAGUCACGUGGGCGCGGCCUCGCUUGGGGAAUGCUGGAAGACUAGACGAGCUUUUGGACCCCAAGAUUGCUUCCCAGGUGUCACUUAGUGAUCUGGAGCAAGCAGCAGCCGUGGCACAGGCGUGUGUGGCUGCUGAGCCGACAGACCGACCCCCCAUGGGCGAGGUGGUUCAGUCAUUGAAGAGACUAGAGGCCCUGGCAGGUGUAUGGCAGGCAGCUGAACCGACAGACUGCCCCCCCAUGGGGGAGGUGGUGCAGCUGUUGAAGAGACUCGAGGCUUUGUGCACAAACCUCCUCUUUCCCUUCAAAUCUCCUCCCUCCACUGUCUCCCCUCUCUCUCUUCCUCCCCGCUCUCCCUCCCCGCUCUCCAUUCUCACAGCAUGA